GCGACGACGCACUCGUCAUGUUCAGGGCGGCAAAAACAAAAAUGGCAAGUGCGCGGUUUUUUUGAGAUCUCUCAUUAGCAUCUGGAUAAUGGUGUUCUGGAUUCGUUAAACAAUAGCAUUCUAGACUGUAACAUUUCAUAACCGGGUGAAGAGAUCUUUACAGUUCACUAAAGGAUCUGUCAGGUUUCUGCAUUUGUUUCCCCGUCCAGUCGCAAAGUUGACUAUGGAGGGAGUCGAGUCCCGUUUCGCUCAGCUGUUGAAGCCCAUCCGCGAGCUCACCCAGAACUGGGAGGUGGACCUGGCAUCGCAACUUGGGGACUACCUGCAGGAGUUGGAAGGGGUCCGUAUCAGCUUUGAUGGAGGUAAAACGACCAUGAACUUUGCUGAGGCAGCUUUGCUCUUACAAGGCACAACAAGCAUCUAUGGCAAGAAGGUGGAACUCCUUCACAGCUUGGUGUUCCAAACGCUAGACUACAUAUCCAACAAGAGCAAAAAGAAAGACAAACAGCAGGCUGAAGGAGGAGAGGAUGAAGGCUCACAAGAAGUGGUCACCAACGCCAGAGAAGAUGCCCUUCAGGAGGAGCUAGUAAGUGAAAAAACAGACAGCAAUUCGGUGACCCUCCACACCGACCCCUCCACGGUGCUGGAGAUCUCCCCAGUCCCACCUGAAGCCCUUAUCUCUGUGGAUGCCUUGGAGAAACAGGAGUUCCCCUUCCUGAAUUUCCGUGGUGAGGUCUUGGGCAGCUGGAAGGACUUCCGCAUGAACGUGUUCUCGGUGGACGAGGAGGGCGCUCUGCAGAUGGGCAUGGCCGCCUUCCGCUCCUAUUUCCUGCGCAGCUUCAGCGGAGAGGAAACUGACCAACCGGUCCACCAGACCCCCCUGGAAAUGCCCGACUUUCACAAGGAGUUCAUGGGCCAUGCUGAUGUGGGAGCAGGGGAUGCUGGGAUUGGAGAGCCAGAGGUCGAAGGUCACCAAGACGAAGAGGCGGGAUUCAUGCCCCUAGAGGAUCAUGGGAUGGAGAUGGACGCAGAGCCUGACGAGCACAUUGAAAGACACCAGGUUGAGGGUGGCAGUGACAAGAGAAUGCUGAGGGAGAGAGCUGCUGUGAAGCCAGUUGCCAUAGAGCCAAAGCCACAGAAGGAAGCGGUGGAUGUGUGGAAGUGGCACGACCUGUACACUGUUGUGGGCGAAGACAAACCCCUUGUGAAAGGGCGUUGCUGCAAUGUGCCAGCGGGGUUGGAAGAGUCGGGCAAAAGAAAACGCAAAACCUCAUCCAAACUGGACGACUUUGGAACAUGGUGUAUGAAAGCAUACAAGGCUUCUGAUCGCAAGCUGAAAAAUGGCCCUUCGUUGCCAGAACUGAACUACAUUUAUCUGAAUAAGAUGAAGGAGCGUAUCAGAGCCCGCAGAGACGUCCUCAGGAGAACGGGUGUCCCAGUGAGUGAUGAGCAACUGAGGAGAACCUACCUGGAGGAGGAGGAUGUCGGGGAGAACCAUGAGGCAGAGGACCCAGAGGAGCUGAGGCACCAGGAGCCUGAGGGUCUGAUCCAGGACUCACCUGAGGAGUUUGGGAUCAACUUCAGCCCAGAGGAUGACUGUGGCGAUCACGAGGACCAUGACAUGGGUCUACCCAAUAUGCCGCUGGAGGAAAUCAGUUAUGAAGACCUGGUCAAGAAGAGUAUGGCCCAGUUUUUUGCUAACACCGAGCGCUACGUGAAGGUCACUGCGCUGUCUCAAAGAGUACAAGACUGGGAGGACCAGAUCAGACCGCAUCUCGCUGCUGAGGUGGAGAGAGGUGUGUUUGAUAUCCGUGACUAUGGCGACCGGAUAAUCAACGCCUUCAGUCAGGUGAAAGAGAAGCGAACCUUCGCCUCCAUCGUCGCGGGCAAAAACAACCAUGAGGUCUGCAGAUACAUGCUAGCCUCCCUUCAGCUGGCCAACGACUACACGGUGGAGAUCAGUAAGGACGGCGAACUGGAGGAGUCUAUGGACACCAUGGCUCUCACUCUGCUGACCGAACGGCGCGCUCACGACCGCCUCAAGGCCUACAGCGCCAACACUGGCAUGGAUGUGCAAGCGCACGUGGAGGCGCAGGUGCACGAGGCCAGCUGAGCUUGUAUGUCACCGGGUGCGUUCGGAGCUGGCUCAAAGCAGUGCAUGCUGGACUUUUACACUUGCAUUGUGCCAAAGUCCCAGCAUGCAUUGAGGAAAUGAGGAGAGCCGGGUACCAUCUCUGCUCAUAUAAGGAUCUCCUUAUAUGGGCAAAGAUGGCAGAUGUGGGGCUUUUUUUCUACGCAAACUUCAGAGGUCUAUAAGCCGUUGCAUGAGUCUGAACGCACCAUUCUGCUAACCAGUGAUCCCUCAACACACAGCAUGUUAUACACAGGGAGCUACAGCUGCUCGUGGCUGGUACAGCCAUGCAGUGCUAAUGUGGACACACAGGCUGACGUGUGUAUAUAUAUAUAUAUAUAUAUAUACACAAUUAUGGCGUCUUCAUCGUCUGAAAAUAGAGUAUUUUUUUUCUGCAUGAAUGAGAUUUUGUUUACUGAAUUUCAUUCGAAUUUAGGUUAAUCAACAAAUCUUGACAGUUGAACAAAAAGCAUUUUUUUUAAAGGACAAAACAAUGAAAAAUAUAUUAUUUAUAUCUCCAAUACUGCAUGGUGGAAAGGGGGAGAUCUUGGCAAUUCUCUCUGUUUUAUGUCUGUGCGCUUUUCAUGUCAGUCUCCAGUUAUUCCUGUAAUUUUAAAUGUAGUUAUACCUGUUAAAAAUGACAACGUUUUUAUGACAGGUCGACCUCUGCCUGAGCUUGCAUGGCUCUAGGUCUAUGACCAUAGAGAAGGGGGAUAGGGUAUCUGUGUCAGUAGUCUGUCUAGCAUAUAAACUGUAAACAAAUGGUG